UCUCGGCCGCCGUCAACGUCAAUACGACGAAGGCGUACGAGAGCACAUCGCCUCGGCUCCGGUUAACGCCGAGGCCACACUCCGACGUUCGUCGACGGGAGAAACGCGCGCCUGGCCAUUUGCAUCUCUCGCUACGUACCCCUCCAUUGUCUCCUCCCAGCCUCUCCGUUUUUCACCGUUUCUCACGUACGCUUCGUUUAUCUAUCUUUGUCUUUCUUCCUCUCCUCUCUCCUAUCUCUCUCUGUCUCUCUUUCUUUCUCUGUUUCUCUCUCUCUCUCUCUCUGUCUGUCUUUCUAUCUUCCUUUAUGCACUUCAAUACGCUCGAGUUCCAAUUUACCGGUGCAACGCGAGCGGUACUACGUUCAUGUGCGUCGCGAGUGGGCCGAUAGUGGAUGAUAUGUAGCGGAAGACGCAUCUCUCUCGGGUGUGAUAGGGAAGAGGCUAGAAUCGCGUGCUCGAUGUAGAGUGCAACCGGCGAGGAUAUGGCCGACGGUUGCUCGGUUUCUUUCGGCAUGUUCCUCACGGGAGUGCCCGCGAGUGCUGUCUCCGAGUGCGACGGCGGCGGACGCGCCGGUUGUGAAUAAUAGAAGAGAGAACGUUCCACGCUAUUAGAACGUCGGUCCAAUAUCUCUAAUAAUUCUACGAGACUUACCCGAGCGCAACCUUCUCAACGAUCGACAAUCAAUUUCGUGUUCUGGUCUGGAUUCUGUAUCGUCAUCGUCAUCAAGAGCCUCAUCCAUCAUUACUGGAAAUUACGCGAUACGUCAAACGCAUGCAUAUGAACUCCAUUUAUAGAGUAAACUGAUAUUUUUUAAAAAACGGAACGGUAUUUCAGUGUCAGUGUAAAUCCACGAGUGAGUGCGUGUAAUCGAGGGUUGAGUAAUGAGUUAUUUGAACGAGAGGUCAAAUUGAAAGCUCCUUCAUGUCGGCCGAUCGUAAUGCACGACUAAACGCAAGAAAUGACAAUAAUAGAAUUCGUUCGCGAGCGAUUCUUUCGCAUAAUUUAGAUUUAUAACUCGAGCAUCGUGCCAAGAUGGGAAAUCCGUGCGUAGAAGUGCGUUCGAACCGACGGUUGCGUGUCGUAAAAAAUUGCGCGUAUCCUCUGAUUAUAGACUGAAACUGCUACGAUCUUUCGCAAUGUUAAUUUCGCGUAAUAUCGGUCACCGUCAUUGUGGAUAAGAGUGGUUUAACAGGGGUGAUUGAAAUUCACCGUUUAACUGGAAGCGAAAUGUAGCAGCGAGGAAUUCGGGGUAGAUGUGACAUAUCUUAAAUAAACUGUUAUAGUUAAUUUUAUAAUCGAAUGUUUAUUGUACGGAAAUAAGAAUUGAUUAAAGUUUGUUCUAACUGACCUCGACUUACCAUCUCAGCGCUAUUUUCUACAACAUGAUAACAUCUAUUUGAUAUAUACGAGAAAACUGUGACGAGAAAAGCAAGAAGCUGAAAUAAAAAUAUGAAAAAGUGAAGCGUUGGUAUGCGGAAUCGUGGAUAACAUAGUUUUAUACUACAACAAUCACUGCAGCAAUCGAUAAUAGCACAAUAGAUUCAACAAGUAAUAAUAUGUAGAUUCUGUAAUUCUUAAAAACAAACGGCUCGGCGAUGAGGCAUCCCGAGCAAAUGGAAAGCACCAUCGACGGUGAACUGUAUUGCAAACAAGAAGGCGCAAAAGGAUGCAUAGAUAUAUCUAGCUUAGUCGCGGUUUGUUGUCUUAAAGUUUCCUAAACCGUGUAUCCUCCCCUCCCCCCGAGUGUCCUGACGAGCAUGAAAUAAAUUAAGAGCGACGAGCGAGUUUGUCGACGGCAAACGACGACGGUGAGAUUCCACAUGUUCACUUUACCUUAUAAUAGCUGGUUACUUCGGGUCGUGAAUAGUCGGAUGGAAGUGCGCGAAUGUGGCGAGAACGGGGAAACAAGAUGGACGCGGAGACUCGAGUGCAAGUCGGAGAAUGGCAAGUUCACUUUGAACUUCUUACGCUGGGAAAAUAGCGCAUAGAGCGCCUUAACAAUGUUUUACUGUUCCGGGCGACUCAGCGCAAGUGUCGACUAAAGGAGAUAACAGAGUUCUCGUGGCUAAUAAACGGAAUCUUUGUAAGACGCGAUAAUACUGACAGGAUUCGAGGACAGGUCACAGGAGCGUAAAUCGAAAAUGUCAAGAGAAUGAUGAUGUUUUUGGAUUUGCGUAGUAAACGCAAAGAUUUGAAAAGAGGUAUUUUCCAUUAAAUAUUUCCUGGAAUAAGGAAAUUGCUGGUGGUUAUCUCACUUUGGGCGAUGUUGAGGAUUUUGCUUUUAUUUAAGGACAGAUGGAAAAGCUGCAGGGGCAGAUGUAAUUAUGUGGGCAAGAGGACAGGGAGAAAGACGAUCAAAGGAAGCCUUGAGACAAAGGAUAACUUGCUCCGCUAAUCAUUUCAUUUGUAUAUGUUACUGCUACGAGACGAUGUUGUAUAAUAAUGGACUCUGCGAAAGGAUAAAUGUCGAGAGUAAGGACAUGAUUUAGGAAACCCAGUGUUCGUUCAAAAGCGAAAGGUUGCGAUACUUCAAUAUUCGAAGACGCGGUUUGCCCGUAAUCGAUUUGUUAAUAAUGCGUAGAUAUCGUAUAAAGAAUAAGAAAUCGAGUGUUUUAAAAAGAAGGUGUUGGGAUUUCGAAAGUAAUGAUGGACGAUUUUUGAGGCUUCGUUUCCUGAAUUUUCCGAGAUAACAAAGUGUGGCGGGGAAUUUAUCGUGGUAUUUAAGAGGCAAUUCUAUGUAUCAAGACGACCUAAGAAUGAUGGCGAGCGUGGCUUGAAUACGAAUCACUAAUUUAAUGUGGUACCAUGCUAAAUGUGUCACGAUGGAAAUUUCACUGGCUGCUCGAUAUUCAGUUGAUCCAUUGUUUGAUGUUCGUCGUGUGAGCAUAUUCAGAUGUGAGAGACAAUUUUUCGACGAAUUAAAACGUUUCAUCGCAUGAAAUAAAAGAAGAAAAAGCUAAUGUUGAAUACAUUUUUAAUGUUGAAAUUCUAUCGAAAGAUUAUACAAUGAUAGCGAGAAAGAAACACACGCUUCCUUAUUUCUGUUAUUUUUCACAGAGAUAAUCUAGGAAAAAGAAAUAAGUAUAUUUAGAGUUUUGGAAGCCAGUUAUUCAAACAUUGCAGUCUUACGAAACAUAUCUCAGUCAUAUAAGUAAAGCCGGCAAAGGUAAUUUCUACUCACUGAGAUGAGAUACAUCGCUAAUCUAUUUAUAAUAAAAAACGAAAGCCUUGCAAAGGGACAAUCUUUUCAGCGUAUUUAAAUUAUUUAAAUUAUUGCCGUAGGAAAUUUACAUAGCUUACAAGAGUGACUUGAGAGAAAAAAGAAAUGUGUGAAAUUUGCACAGUACGCCAGACGAAGCCUUGAAGAAAUAAAAAAAUCAUGCAGCUCGCGAGACGUUACGUCAAGGAGUGUAAGCACGAGGCAAAGGAGCAGUUGAAUUUCUUGGGAAAAUGAAAUCAACAGUUUGAAUUCCGCGAUACGACCGCUCGUCGCUCAUUUAUAUGAAUGUUAAGACUUCCAGAGCACUUCAGGCGACAGAGUUGUGCUAGAAGACGCCGGGAGGCGUCGAUAUCCCGUCGGUCUUUAUCGGAGCGAAGGGCACUCACGACUGCGCUCAUGUCGAAACCGUAUUUCAUCGUUUCGAAAAGCGAUUUGAAGGGUUAGCAAAGAAAAUAGCCUCGAGUAUCGUCGAUAUAUAUCGCGACACUCGACACUCAAGCGACAACUCACUCGCUCGAAUCUGGGGACCGCUAAUCCUCAGCGAGCACGUCGAUCAGCAUCGCGGACGCUGUCUCUGCUGGGACUUGGAACGGAACACUCUGGCUGCAGCUGGCCCCCCUGGAUGUUUUGACAUUGAGUGCGCUAGGGUGCCGAGGUGGGGGGCGCGUGGUCUUGCUGCCUGCCGUGCGCCGGCGGCGGCGGGGGUGGGGGUGGUGUUAAUGUCUCGGGGGCCACCCCCGAGGCCAAGAAGAGUUCUUUGCUGAAGCAGCAACAGUAUCAGCAACCCCAACAGCAGCAGCACGAGCAUCAGCAACAGAAAGUUCUGCAGCAGGAAAGACAAUAUCAUUAUCAACUACCGAAACGUAUCUGUGUGGCUCAGUUUAAGGAACGUGCGCCGCUUGGUGAUCUCGACGAAGACCUCGACGACGAUCUCGACGACGAGGAGAAGGAGGAGUGCGAGCUAAGAAUAAGCGAGGAGGAAGAUUACGGCAGAGAGGGUAGUACUCAGCAUCGACUUAGCCCGCGGCUGCACGACAUCGAGGAGGAGGACGAUGAGGAGGGUCGUCACGUACGAGAACGACAGUAUCAACCUAAAAAAUCGCCAACGCCGAGCGGCAGCAGGUCGGGUUGGCGUUCCCGUAGGAGCGUCACAACGGCGGGAGCCCCCGGAGGGCACCAACACCACGUGAUCGCUACUGCCGCCGCGACGGCUCAGGCUAGGAUGCAGGCCGAGCAGGGCAGCAUCGGCGAGCUACGUGGGUACCACAAUCUGCGAUCCCGCAGGCACACUUUGGCCAACGUUCGUUUCGACGUGGAAAAUGGCGCCUCGACUUUGGACGGCGGCGCCGGUGGUGGCGGCGGCGCCUCGCCGAGCGCGGGGCUCGUUCUCCAAACGCUGCCACAGAGGAGGGAGAGCUUCCUGUACCGGAGUGACAGCGACUUCGAGAUGUCGCCGAAAUCGAUGUCGCGAAACAGCUCCAUCGCCAGCGAGAGGUUCAAAGAGACAGAGCUUCCUGUCGAGCGAGCGAUAUUUACCGAUCAGUACAGCCAUGGCGAGGACCUCAUCGUUACACCCUUCGCACAGAUUCUUGCUUCUCUGCGCUCGGUCCGGAAUAAUUUCUUGUCGCUCACGAAUGUACCGACGAACAAAUCACGAAGGAGUAGCGGCCAACAGGGCAGUAGUACGCCACAGCCACGGAUUUUGGCGCCAGGAGAGGAGCCCUUCAUGAAGCUGGCUGUAGAAACGAUAGAGGAGCUAGACUGGUGCUUAGACCAGUUGGAGACCAUUCAGACUCAUCGGUCCGUGUCGGACAUGGCAUCCCUGAAGUUCAAGAGAAUGCUGAACAAGGAGCUGUCGCAUUUCUCAGAAUCGUCCAAGUCUGGGAAUCAGAUCUCGGAAUACAUCUGCAGCACCUUCCUCGACAAGCAGCAGGAGUUGGAUUUGCCGUCUUUGCGAAUCGAGGAUGCGGUCGCCGCAGCGGGUAGCGUGGACGCACGGGCGGCGAAAAAGAAGGACCGCGUGCAAAGAGGUCCCGCCGCUAUGUCGCACAUCAGCGGGGUGAAACGGCCGUUGACACACACUAACAGCUUCACCGGGGAACGCGUGCCGCUCUACGGGGUGGAAACGCCACACGAGGAGGAACUCGGCAAGUUGUUGUCGGAUAUCGACAAGUGGGGUAUCGACAUCUUCAGGAUAGGCGAGCUUAGCAACAAUCGGCCCCUCACCUGCGUGGCGUACACGGCCUUCCAGAAUCGAGAUCUGCUCAAAUCGCUGGCGAUACCACCCAAGACCUUCGUUACCUUUAUGAUGACCCUAGAGGAUCAUUACGUGAAGGAUAAUCCCUUCCACAAUAGUCUCCAUGCAGCUGAUGUGACACAAUCUACUAACACUCUGCUCAACACGCCCGCACUCGAGUCCGUGUUCACGCCAUUAGAGAUUACCGCUGCAUUAUUCGCGGCUUCCAUCCAUGAUGUAGACCAUCCCGGACUCACAAAUCAGUUCCUCAUUAACUCAAGCUCCGAGCUCGCGCUGAUGUACAACGACGAGUCGGUGCUGGAGAAUCAUCACUUGGCGGUCGCGUUCAAGCUACUGCAGAACGAGGGCUGCGACAUAUUCGUGAACAUGACGAAGAAGCAACGGCAGACGCUGCGGAAGAUGGUCAUCGACAUGGUCCUCUCGACAGACAUGUCAAAGCACAUGUCGCUGCUGGCUGAUUUGAAGACCAUGGUGGAGACGAAGAAGGUCGCCGGUUCCGGCGUGCUGCUGCUCGACAACUACACCGAUCGUAUCCAAGUGCUGGAGAACCUGGUGCACUGCGCCGACCUGUCCAACCCGACGAAACCAUUGGCUCUUUAUCGACGAUGGGUGAGCUUGUUGAUGGAGGAAUUUUUCCUGCAAGGCGACCGCGAGCGGGAGCAAAACAUGGACAUCAGUCCGAUGUGCGAUCGGCACAGCGCGACCAUCGAGAAGUCGCAGGUCGGCUUCAUCGAUUACAUCGUGCACCCGCUCUGGGAGACCUGGGCAGAUCUGGUGCAUCCGGACGCGCAGGAUAUUCUGGACACCCUCGAGGAGAAUCGCGACUGGUACCAGUCGAUGAUACCGCCAUCGCCGCCGUCCGAUGAUCAACAACAAUCAGCGAACGAAAAUCAGCAACAACAAGAUAGGAUACACUUUCAAGUGACGUUGGAGGAGGGCGACGAGACCAGUGAGGCUGUAGAGGGUGGCGACACAGGGUGCGACGAUGGUGGCGGCGAGUUCUCCAGCGAGGACCCUGGCGGUGAGACGGAGGAGAACGCCGCGGAGGCUGGGAUGUGACGGAGGCUCGCCGGUAUUUGCAGGAAGCUCCAUGAGAAGGUACAGCAGAGUUGGUGGCGAGUGCGUCAGUGACAUUCGCACCUAGCCGCGUCUAGUCGCCGGUCCUUUUGUAUCGACCUAUGCCACGUCGGCUGGACCACGAGGGAGGGCGGCGAUUGAGGUGACAAGGAGGUCGUCUCGAUCGAGCGGCAAGAGGCAACGUCCCGACGACGACGCGGGAAUUAUGGUUCGCGAAGUGCGAAGACGCUUUUUAGGAUCGCUACGUUUUCGGCUGGACCGAAACGUGCGACGUGAACGGACGAAGCUGCACGUCUUUUGUCGUCGUCGUCGUCGUCAUUUCAGUUUUCGUCUCCGCGUUUCGUCUCAUUGAAUACUAUCAAGCGGGAGGGGCGAAUCUCUCUUCACAAAGUACCUGCGCAAAUGAAAGCGGCAGCUGCAUGUUUGCUAUGUCGAGUGGGUGGCAAGAUGUUUCUUUUUCUUUUCUUUACACACGCACACACACCGAGGAUGAUGACGAUCGGCGCGCACAGUGAUCGUCCACUGAUCGUCGUCUCUAUCAAUUGGUUUAACGACGUUGUGUCGCCGUCGAAGGCUGGAGGGAACCUCUCUUCCAGGAGACACGCAGGAUCCUCAAUAACAUAUCAACAGUGUACGAUAUACUAUGGAUUCUAACCGAUGCGUAUUAGCGAUACUUCCGAGCAGAGAGAUCGAUGUCUCUGUCUUCUUCUUGGACAUUUCGAGCACCGUGCGAAAAUUGUUGACACGUAAAGCCAACGUUUGAAACUUGUACUUGUGUACGGCGAAAGUUUACAAAGAAAUUUGUUUCUAAUUCCUGCGUUACACUAUAAUGUCGCGAUCAAUAAUGUAAGUUUAAUAAUGCGUUGCGUUCUCGUGAUUUAAUUUCGCGAAUGAUCGAAACGUUUCGCCAAUAGUUGAUACUUAAAAUUAUAUCCGCGAUAUGGAUCGGAUCGAGCUUAAUUUAUAACGUCCGUUAUCGAAAGGAAUAAACAAAACAAUUGAAAUCAGAAAACAAUUAAACGAAAAGAUACUCAGUUGCAGCUAGGCACGUUCUAUCCUUUUAGUUCUUCGACGGUUAUUCGAUAGUCACCUACUUAUCGGUAGAAAAAGGGAAUACCUGUCUUUAAUCGUAAGAUUUUGUCAUGUUCGCUUUGUAGACGUAGACAAGUUGGUAAGUGAAUUGUUCGUAAUCGAAAAACGAGAAUCCAGAAGUAGCCGCGUGUCCGUAAAGGAAAUGCUAGGAAGUGCAAACACGUAGAGUAUUACCCGCCGUCUGUAUGAUUUAAAGCGAAAGGACGUCCGCUUCUUUCUCCCACAUCGUGCGAUCGGCGGGAGAGCACCGAGCAGCAGAACGGGGAGGGGGGGGGCAUCGAGAUAAGAGGGUACAAUUAAUUUUAAUACACAACUAUGAGAGCUGGCCUUUUAAGUUUGUAUUAAAAUUAAUUGCCAGAGCCGCGAGACGCUUUCUUGCGAUAUAUACGAUACACACAAGAGUACACACACACAUACACACGUACAUACACACGCGCGCACAAUACACACAAACGCAAUACGUACAAUUACAGUACGAGCGAGGAUAUAUAUCGAUAGAUGUUUUUAACCAAAGAAUAAUAUAAGUGAUUGUUAAGUCGAUUGCCGAGCGUGCCGUUCACCAAUACGUCUUCUGACGACGAAUAAUUCCAGCGACGGUAAACGUAUCAUCCUGGAAAUUUCGCGUGAAAUGUCAGAGGGAGAAGUGUCUUCAUCACGGAUGUCCAUGAAACGCUCAAAUUUGCAAGUUCGUUCGACGUUCAAGCCACGAUCGCAAUCCGAAUGGACUUUGGAACGCUGGUGAACGCCGAAUGUUCGCGCCGCUGUGUUUUUUAAUGUUUAAAAGUUAUGCCGGCGUUUACGCCGCGAGGAUAAUUUUUCUUCUUCUCUUAGACUACGAGUCGCAUAAAAAUCCUUUUAAUUUACGGGGGGAGGAAAGCGGAGUAGUCGUCCGUAUUGGUGGAAUGGCGACAAUUUCGCGCCUCGAUGAUAUCAGGGAAACGAAUGCAACACGUUUUAUUACGCGAUCGAUGGGCGAGUGUGUCGAGGAUCAGCCUAAAAAAAAAAAACAAAACAAAAUUAACGUUUCACACUACUAUUCUAAGUCGUGAGCUUGCCAUCGACUGCGCGAAGUAGGGAAAAUAAAUUCGAGUCUGAUCGUGAACGUGCGCGUAAGCGACCGGUAGCUCGGGCUCACGUAAUCGUACAUUUCUUAAUCACGUUAAGGGAAAUUACCUAAAUCGCAUAACAAAAACAGAAAAAAAAUGGAAAAAAAAUACUACGGAGAAAGCAAAAUCUCUAUGUGUGUUGUAGACAAUGAUCUAGUGAGUGUUUUGGUGCUGGCCACCAAGCUUUAGCGCGUAAGAGAAAAAACUCCGAGGUUCACGCGAGAGUCCGCGACUACAUUGUUAAGUCGAGAAAAGGGGGGGGAGUUAACUUAACGAAGUUUUUAGGGCGUAAGCAACGAGGUUAUAAUAAUAAUAUUAAUAAUAAUUAAUGAUAAUAAUCAUAACAUUAACAGUAAUAAUAAUUAUUAUAAGCGCGAUAAGAAAGAUACUGAUUUAUUAAUUAAUGUUAACGAUAACACUCGCUGCGCGAAAUGUAAUCGAGAUCGCGUUCGCUUCAGCUGUCGGGGCGACUUCGUUGAGUAAUGAGUAAAAGAGAAGGAGAAGGAAGGGGAAAAAGGGGAAAGACGAUCAAGUGUUAUCGAUGAUGUACCUCUGCACUGACGCCGAGUUUGAAACUUGGCGAAAGUAUUCGAUUAGACGGCGAAUCUUUUAAUUAUUUAGCGCGAAUGCGUCUUUGAUUGUAUUUUUGGCAUGGACGAGCGGAAACGCACUCGUUCUUUCUGUAAACGUUUUCUCUUGUCGCUCGUCUCGAUGGAUCUCGCGAGUGUGUGCGCAGGUACAAAGAUAAAAAAUAAAAGAAACGCCACAAAAUACAAUUUGUCAUACAAAUCUUAUUGGAUCAUCGUGAUUCGUCACGCUUCUAAAGCAUCGUUGCUAGAGCAACGAAAUGUCUUCUCUAAUAUAUACAGUCUACCAGUUGCUCGUCAGUGUCCAAAAAAAUAAAGUAAAAUAAAAUAGAGGGAGAAAAAGCCGGGGAGGAAAAACAUGCAGAGAAUUUGGUCCAAUGAUGAUUUACAAGCAUAACAAAUCGCGAUGAUUCAAUGAGAUGUGUAAUAAUAUUUAAUAAUAAUAGAUUGAUAAUGAUGAUGAGAUGGGGAGAGAAAAAUAAAAAUACCUGUUUGAUUGCUGGACAGUUAAAUGAAUGUAUUAAUAUCGUGUAAUCGUCGUACGAGAUAUAUGUGUAAUAAAACAUAUUUAUUGUCGGAAAAA